AUGGAUGGCCGGUGCUUCUUCGCCAGCAUACCACAGCAGCCCUUGAGCGCCGUAUUGGCCCGCGGUAUAGUGGUGUGCUGUAUGAGCCAAUUUUCCGCCUACACCGUAUCCAUCCACUACGACCGGCGCCUCUACCGGCAGGACAUCGCGGGUUCUAUUGCUCACGCCCGGAUGCUUGCCCGCCAAGGCAUCAUCAGCGAUGAAGACUCGGCGUCCAUCGCGGAGGGAUUGGGACGCAUUCAGCUCGAAAUACAGGCGGACGAGUUUCCAUGGGACCCCUCGCUUGAAGACCUCCACAUGAACAUUGAGCGGCGCCUGCACGACCUCAUAGGCCCAGCCGCCGGCCGCCUGCACACCGGCCGUUCGCGUAACGACCAGAUUGCCUUGGACAUGCGCCUGUACACGCGCGAGGUCGUAGAAGAGGUUAUCUCGGGCUUGCGUCAAGUCCAGCGCGCCCUGCUCGGCCUGGCGAGGCGGUACCAACCCGUGGUUAUGCCCGGGUACACCCAUCUGCAGCGGGCUCAGCCCGUGUUGUUUGCCCACCACAUGCUGGCUUACUUCGAGAUGUUCCAGCGUGACAUUGGGAGAUUUGGCGACUGCCGCCGCCGGGCGGACGUGCUGCCACUGGGUAGCGGCGCCCUCGCCGGCGUCCCCUAUCCCACCGACCGCGAGUUCUUGGCGAAGGAGCUUGGCUUCUCCGGUAUCAGCGCCAACAGCAUGGACGCCGUAUCCGACCGAGACUUCGUGGUGGAGUUCAUGGCGGCUUCCGCCCUCGGCAUGAUGCACUUCUCCCGCAUGUCGGAGGAGCUCAUCAUCUGGUCAAGCGGCGAAUUCGGGUUCGUCCGGCUGGCCGAGGAGUUCACCACGGGCAGCAGCAUCAUGCCGCAGAAGAGAAAUCCGGACUUCGCGGAAUUGGCCCGGGGCAAGACCGGGCGGGUGUAUGGGGACCUGAUGGGCCUCCUGACCACGCUGAAGGGCCUUCCGCUCACAUACAACCGGGACCUGCAGGAAGACAAGGAAGGGUUCUUCGACACUGUCGAUACCUUGCACACGACCAUCCAGGUGUUCGCGGCCAUGCUGCCGGGGAUGGAGCUACAGUCUGAGCGGGUGGAGUCGCUCGCCGGGGAAAGCGGGAUGCUCGCGACUGACCUCGCCGACUACUUGGUGGGCAAGGGAGUGCCGUUCCGGGAGGCCCACGGCAUCAUGCGGGCCCUGUGCCGGCACUGCGACGAGCGGGAAAUCCACCUGCUGCAUUUGCCAUUGGCAGAAUACCGGGAGUUCUCUACGCAUUUUGCUGCAGAUGUCUACGACAUCACUGCAGCGGCGUCGGCUGCCGCGCGGGACAACCCUGGAGGUACCGCCCCCAGCCGGGUGGCACAGGCCCUGGACCUUGCUGAACAAAUACUGGAGGAAACCGGGAAUGGCGCCUGA